CACAGCUUCAUAUGACCAGACACAUAUCUCCUAACACAUGAGUUCAAUCUGAAACUUAAAUGGUCUAUAGCUUAAAUGGUCUAAAAUCAAAUGAAUUGGCCAAGAAUAUCGAGUUGCUUGGCCUAUAAACAAUCCAGUCAACAAGAUUUCAUCUGUAUUGAAGACUUAAUAACAGGAUAUUGAUCAGUUUUGGACUAUCAGUUUAUACAUAAUCCAUAUACAUAACUCUAUUACAGUUCUAGUUUAUAUUGUUGUUGUUGUUGUUAAUCUGAUCAAUCCAUGGAUGAAUCCACAUCGUUUAAAUCAUUUUGAAAUUCAACGAGCUAACCUGUGAGGUUUAGGGAAAUAUUUAUUCAUUGGAAUAGAUAAAGAUCAACUGAUCUUGGGAACGAUGAAUUGUAUAUCAGUGAACAGAUUCUCAACUAAAAUCUCAGUAAUGAUGAUUCCUCAACAACAACAACAAACAUUUCAUCAAUAAAAUGAAAAUCUCUUCAAACAGUUUCAACUUUAAUUAUAUUUUGCUAAUCUAACAAUCAGUUUGUGAUGAAUCCAUGUUAUAUUAUUCAAUAAUUUAAUUAGAAUGACCUUAUUUCAUUGACGAGAAGAAGAAAAGAAGAAGAAGAGCGUUUAAACUAUCUAGUAUGAUAAUAAUAAGAAGAAUGAUAUUGGUCCAAUAUUAUCAUGCUAUCAAGCUUAUGAUUGGACAGUUCCACUCGUAUAGUUUGUUCAAACUAAUACACGUGAUAACCUACACAUUAUAUGCAUAUAUAUAGAGAGAGACAUUUAUACAUAGAGAUGUAUGAGACAGUCUCAUUGAAGUAACUAAAUAACAACUAACCAACCAACCAACGAUGAACAGUUUAGAAUCUUAUUGUUUAUCAUUUAAAACUGGUGCAAUUGUAGAGAAUCCAAUGAAAACUCUUCCAUCGAAAUGGAAAGCAUGGAACACAUUAAUUGAUCGAUUGCCGGAACUAUCGAGAAAUCGCAGUUUGAGAAAAGAAGUAGAAUCAUUACCACUUUUAGAUUUGGAUGGUCUUGAUAAUCAUAAGGAAUUGAGAUUGGCACAUAAGAUUCUUGCUUUCAUAACUUCUGUUUAUGUAUGGCAAGAUGGAGAAGGUGGUGAAACAGAGUCAUUACCAGUACAAAUCGCUAAACCACUAUUACAAGUUUCUGAUAGACUUGGUAUACAGCCCAUACUGACCAAUGAAGAUCUAGUCAUAUCCAAUUGUAUUCCUUCAACUUUGCCAACAGAAGAACAAAGUUUGAGUUUUUUACAAUCUAUACACAAGCCCACAUAUCAUGGAAGUUGGGAAGCGUUUAUAACUCUGAGUGCCGAAUGUGAACUAUUCUUUGCACCCAUAUUACUGGAAAUUAUGAAUGCCAUUAAAGCUCAAGAUCCAUUGAAUGAGGAUGCUAUCACAGAAUGCUUAGAAAAUAUAGUUAAAGCGUUUGUACAAUUUAGAAAUGCAUUAAAGAAUUUCUAUGGUAAAUUAAAUUCAGAAGAAUUCUAUGUCGAUUUAAGACCUAUUUUGUGUGGAUGGUCUCAUGGAAAACUUAAAGACAAGGGUCUAACUUACGAGACAAACUCACAACACAUAAACAAUAAUAAUAAUGAUAAGAAUGAGAAUAAGAUUGAGAAUACGAAAGCCAUAUCAAGUUGUCCAUUUUCUGGUCAACAAUAUACUAGCAACACGGAUCGACGGAAAUGUAUCGGAGCAAGUGCAGCACAGUCAAUAACGAUUCAGACGUGUGAUGCAUUUUUCCAGAUAAAACAUGAUCCUGAGGAUGAAAAAUUCUUCCGUAACAUGCAGACAUAUAUGAUAAAAGAACAUCGACAGUUUCUUCAAGAUCUAGCAAUGCAUAGUCGAAUCCGUUGUAUAGUUGCUGAAAGCAAAUCUUCUCGCAUGAGAACAGCCUAUAAUCAAUGUCUUCAAUCAUUGUGGAAUUUCCGAAAUGCUCACAUAUCAUUAGUUAAAAGAUUCAUCAUACAACCAUCACAAAGUGCAGAUGCUAGAAUAAAACAACUUGAUAUUAAAGGAACAGGUGGUCAAUGUUUAAAUGUCUUUCUUCAACGUGUACGAGAUGCAACACUUUCUGCAUCGUUGGUUUAAUUAACCUGCUUUGAAAUGAUAUCAGUUUAUACAAGAAUGUAAUUUUUUCUGUUUUAUGAACAUCUUGAGUAAAAUAUACUUGAUAUUUUAUUA